GGGCUGCGAACGGCUCCGCCCCGGCGGCCGCCCGGCUCCUGCCGCACGCUCGGAGCCGCCUCAGCCCCUGCCGGCUGUGGAAGAUGGCGGAGCCGGGGCCGGACUGCGGCGCCCUGCUCGACGAGGCGCUCUCCUCCUUCGUCUUCAACUACCUCGCCGACAGCCAGUAUGAGGUGUCUGGCGAGGAGCACCUCUACUCUGACUUCCCCGAGAUCGAUUUGUCCCAGCUGGAUGCCAGCGACUUGGACUCCGCCAGCUGCUUCAGCGAGUUGCAGUGGUGCGCGGAGCACUCAGAGACCGAGUCCAGCCAGUACAGCACCGAUGACUCCGAGCUCUUCCAGAUAAUAGACAGCGAGAAUGAAGCGCUGCUGGCGGCCCUCACCGAGACUUUGGAUGAUAUUCAGGGAGCUGACGUGGGCCUGGCUGCCUUCCGAGCUCUGGAAGAGGGGGACAUGCUCAACCAUGCCUACACCUCGCCUGCCCCUUCCCCCAAACCCGCCGCCCCGGUCUUGGGGGGGCCACCCCUGGCCCCCGAGGUUGAUGAGCUGUCUCUACUGAAGAAGUUGCUCCUCUCUCCGUCACAUGCGCCUCCCAGCUGCGAGGCUCAGAGAGACGGGAGCGCCCGGCGCCCGGGGACCCCUAAGUCCCGACCCUCGAGGCCCUGCACAAAGGUGGAGGCUCCCCGGGACCGGAGGGCGAGCAUCCCGCAGGUGCAGAGCCGCAGCUGCACUGAGCUGCACCGGCACCUCACCUCAGCGGCCCCCUGGACACAGACCUCAGCCCUCCGCGCACCAGAGGAGUGUCCCGGUGGCCGCCACCACUCUGCCGCGGGCAACUGCGCCCACCACGAGGACGACAGCGACUCCAGCGAGGACUCGCUGAGCUCUGGUGAUGCCGUGACCUCCCCUUCCUCGGCAGAGGAUGGCGCCGGCAGCUGGUUCUCCUGCGACGGGGAGAUAAACACGGUGGUGGAGCUCAUCCGCUACAUGCACACCUACUGCCUGCCGCCACGGAAGCUGCCCGCCCACGAUGCCACUGACGCCAAGCCCCAGCCCUGCAGCAGCCCCUUCAAGAGAGCCAAACCGGACUGUCCCCCGCAGCCGGGACACCCUGGUGGUGCUGAGAGCAAGCCGGGCUGCGCCUGGCAGGCAGCCGGGGGCUGCAAGAAGCCUGCAGCAUCCUUCUCCAUCCUGAAGGAGCUGCUGGCACGGGACCUGCUGUGUGAUGUGAGCAAGCCCUACCGCCUGGGCAAGCCCGUGUAUGCCUCCCUUGCCCAGCUGCCCGCUGCCAGCUGCCCCGCCGUGCUAGUGCAGGAGGGGGUGGACACUGGUGGGACCUGCAAAUCCAGAGCCAAAGUGGUGCCAGAGAAAGCGGAGCCAAGGCAGAGCCUCGGGGCCGAGGUGAAGGCUCCACAGGAACCCGGCAGUUUGGAGGAGGAGGCCGGGAAGCACGUGGGCGCCCCAGCUGUGUCCACAGGGAAGGCAGCCCGGCUGCCAGAGAGAACCAUUUAUGCUGUCCGCCGGUCCAAGAGACUCAAUCCCGAGCUGGGCCACUGGCUCUCCUUCCUCGAUGAGCCACCGCUCGAGCCCUCUGUGCCCCGGGAAGCCCCAGCCUCCAGGGAGCCCACGCUGUGCCCGUCGCCGGAGGCCUUCUCCACUGAGGAGCCUGUGGCCGAAGUGGAGGUGGGUGGCACGGAGGAGGGAGACGUCGGGAGCAUGGCACCGCCACCAGAGCCUCAGCCCCUCGUCCUGGAAUCCCCAGGGGGCAGCGAGGAGGGUGAGGGUGCUGAGAGCCAGCGCUGUGCCCCCUGGCAGCAAGCAGAAACACCCCGGUGUCUCAUGCUGUCCUUGGCACAAACUGACCCGACCUUUGGGAAGAGAAACUUUGAGCCAAUGCUGACCGUGGAGCUGUGUGGGACAGCAGGUCUCACGCCGCCCACCACUCCGCCGUACAAGCCCGCCGAGGAGGACCUGUACAAGCCAGAUAUCCCCCAGGAGGCAGGCAACGAGGACAGCAUGGCCCCCAGCCCUGGGGCCGGGAGCACAGGGGACACAGGAGCCUCCCAGAAAGCCCUGAAGAAGCAGCCCGAGAGGACAGAGCUCUUGGCCCACCUGAGCCGUGCCGCCGAGCAGCCGGGCAUGCUCAAGCGGCCCUUCUCGUGCUCCUUUGGGGACCAUGAUUACUGCCAGGUGCUGAAGCCGGAGGCCACCCUGCAGAGGAAGGUGCUCAAGUCAUGGGAGCCCCCAGGCCAGACAGAGAUGGAGCACAAGAGGAGGGUCCCGGACACACACUACCAGGGGCUGGACCUCAGCAGCAAGGAGGCGGGUGGCGAGAUGGUGUGGAAGGAUGGUGUCAAGCAGCUGCGAGACCAGGAGAUCAGAGCCAGUUUAACGAAGCACUUUGGCUUCCUGGACAGUGCUCUCGAUAGCAAGGAUAUGGCCUUCUGCAAGACCCCUGAGUAUGACACCGUCUUUGAUGACAGUUGCAGUGAGAGCGGCUCCCCGGUGGAGGAGGAGGAGGAGGAGGACGAGGAGGAGGAAGAGCACUGUGACAGCCCAUUGGAUACCAAGCUGUGCUUGCGGAGAAACCCCCUUUCCAGGACCAGUUUGCAUUACUGUUCCCGGAGCAGGUCCAGCUCGGGGUCUUCAUGCUGCCGGUCCCGAUCCCCCACCAGCAGACGCACCUUCAGGUGUGAGAAUGGUGAACAGUGUCAAGGUGGCAGUGGGAGCCGGGGCCAGCUGGAGAAGAAACGGGAAAAGGCCAUCGGGGAAGGCCGGGUGGUGUACAUCAGGAACCUCUCCAGCAACAUGAGCUCCAGCGAGCUGAAGAAACGCUUUGAGGUGUUUGGUGAGAUCGUGGAGUGCCAGGUCCUGUCCAGGACUAACAGGGGGGAUAAAUAUGGCUUCAUCACCUACCGGUAUUCAGAGCACGCUGCCUUAUCUCUGAAGAACGGCACCUCACUAAGGAAGAGGAAUGAGCCUUCCUUCCAGCUCAGCUCUGGUGGCGUCGGGCACUUCUUCUGGACCAGAUACGCUGACUUGGAUUGCAGCGCGGAGGAGUCCUCCCUGGCACCGGUGAAAAGCAAGUACGAGACCAUGGAUUUUGACAGCUUGCUGCAGGAGGCCCAGCUCAGCCUGCAUCGGUAACAGCCUUAACCCUGGAGGAAUACCUCAAUACCUCAGUCAAGGCACUUCCAAUAUGUUUACGUUUUCAAAGAAAUUAUUCAGUCUAUGACAAGCGAGAGAGAGCGAGAGAGCGAGAGCACGCACGCGCGAGAGAGAGACUGCUGUCCCUUUCAAUCGAUGUUUACAUUGAACAAAGCUGCUUCUGUCUGUGAGUCCCCAUGGUGUUGAUGUCUCACUGCCACACAUUAGCCUCCCCGCUUCUGACUGGUUGUUUUAGGGUGAGCCUCGAAGCCCCUGCCCCCGCCCCGGCCCCGACCCUGCGCUCCCACCGUAGAGUUGCAGCUGUGUUCACCAUAACAUUUUUUGUCCGUAGUGUGUGUUGAUGAAAUUGUUAAUUGUGAAUAGAAUCAGGAUUAUAAACUAAUUUUUAAUAGAAAAGGAAGAAAAAAAAGUAUAUACUUAAAAAAAAUGUAUUUAUGGCUCAGAUGUACUGUAAUUCAGAUUUAUUGUACCGCUUCCUUGAUUUUUAACUAUGCACUGUAAUGAGGCACUUGCCACUGAGCAAAUGGGGGGUCAGAGCAGAGUCACAGAGCCAGCAUUCGGCCACAGAAGCGCCGGCCUCCCCAGCAGUGUGCUGGGGCCCUCUGCACGCGGGGCUCCCCCACUGCUGCCAAAGCCAUUUUCCUCACCGGGGGGCGAGCCCCUGGCACCCAGCUGCCGAGCAGGCCCGCUCAGAGGCCCGUGGGCCGCUCCUGCCAUGGAGCUGACAGGCGCGAGGGAAAGGGGUGGUGGAAAGAGGCAGCGUUGAACCGCUGCCGGGUGGCCUGCAGCCCUGCUGCCUGCCGGCCAUCAUCGCUGCGGCCCUGCCCUGAUAGGCCUGGGGCGCCUGUGGCGGGAGCGGGGCGUGAGGAUCCUUCUUGUCUCUGCCUGUCCUCUGGCCGGUGUCUGAUAAGCCAUAUGCUCACCCAGCACCUCGUUGGCAACGCGGACCCGCACCCCCCUGUCGGCACGGCACACUCUCUGCCGUCGCCUGUGCCCCCUUGGCCCGGCUCAUGCCCAGCAGUGUGAAGGAAGCGUCAUGGCUUUGCUGUGUGUUUGCGGCUCCCGGCUGGCCUGCCGCCACUCGUGCUGUCCCCCCUGCCUCUUGCCAGGGCCCUCAGGCCUCCUGGCAGUGCUGGAUGUAAGGCAUGCUCAAGCAGCAUCCCCGCCAAAUUUGCUUGCAAGCUUGCCCCCUGCCUCUGGGAGAGGUGGGAGGAGGAGAGCCCCCACCCCUGGGUGGAGGAGCCCCAACCAAGAGAAGGCCAGAGGCACCAUUUCCCAGAGGGAAAGGAAAUCUUGCUGGCUCCUCAAGCCAUCUCCAUCGUCUCCAUUUACUCCCCAGACACAGAGAUCACUAGGGAUUCAGCCAUUGUAUGUAGAUAGAAUAUUAUAGCCUUAACUAUGCCAAUAGAUAGAUUAGAGUCUUCUGGGGUCUCCCCUGUAUGUGACUUAGGGAUUUUAUUCUCAUUUCCUCUGUGCGGACACCAUUUUAUCCUGCAGGGAGUAUGACCAAAGCCUCCGAAAUUGCAUGAGGUUCAGUUCCAGGAAUCCACACCCUGCCGACACGGCCCUUGGCUCCAUGGGCAUGUUUGCACCCCUGACAGCCCACGCUGAUCUCUGGCAGGAGAAGGGGUGCCAGCAGCGACACCAGCAUCAUUACUCGGUUAUUUCAUGCUGCUCUUGUGGAACCUGUGGUUCCGACAGCAACCGGUGAGGCAGUGGGACAGCCCCGGUGGGUUGAACGGCAGCUCCCAAAUUUGCUGCCGGUGCCAGUCGCUGUCCUUGUGCCACUUCGGUCUCAGCCCAGAGCAGUAGCAAGGGUCACUGUCUCUCCUGCUAUAGGCUCUCCCCACCUCCACCCCGACUUAGCAUAUGUGAGUAACCCUGGCCGAGACUGAGCAUCUGCUAUUGGCAAUUGCCUCAUUGUAGCUUUGCCUUUUUCUGUCCUAGUAUUUCCUCACAACAAUGAUGUUUACAUGUGAUUGCUAUAGAGCUUACGUAGAAUGUAUAUAGCGACACAUUUAGGGUGGGUAGUACUGUCCUGUGCUGUGCUGAUGUUUUCCAGAAAACGAUCAAUCAAAAAAAAAAAGGAAAAAAAAAUGCCAAGUGGAAUUCUUCCAUCUCCUUGCUCAGCCGCGGUGGGACCGAGCCCCAGGCCGCUCCCAGCUGGAGGAUGCAUCAAGCGUGGUGGAGGGGAAGGGGCAAGCGCAGCGAGGGCUGCCCGAGCCACGAGGAACCCUCUCCCAGGGCAGCCCUCAGGCGCUUCGCCAGCGUUGGUUUCUGUGUACCCAAUCUGCAAUUGGACGUAGCUUUCCUGUGGCUUCCCGUGCUGGCCAGCAGCCCGCCACCAUCGCGGAGCUCUUGUGCAGCGGGUACAGCACUCCCGAUCAGGGAGGUCUCGUAAUGCACAGAGCCAAUCAGUACUGCAGUUUUAGGAUAGGAAGAGAUGCAAUAAGUGGUCUUCGUGUUGCCUGAAGCCUAUAAAUGGAUUUUUGUUGUUGUUUGGGGUUUUCCUUCCCCCCUCCCCUUUAAAUUUUGACAGCUCUUUUUCCCUCCUCCCUUGAGAAAUGUCUCCUGCACUGAUGCAAUACGCACAGAGGUGCUCAGGAUGUGCCACGCAGGGCCAAGGCACCCUCCCCGUGGCCGCCCGCCCCUCGCUGCAGCAGCAGCAGCAGAGCCUGGAGGGGCACGCUGCCCACCCCUGCCUUUAGGACCUGGUGAGUGCAGAGGGCAUAUCUCAGCUUAAAGAAGCACAGGUGUGACUGCCUGCUGGGUCCAGAAUUGCUCACGCGGGGUUAAUGGUGAAAAGUAAGUUCCCACUUGACUUUUAUUUUUAUUUUUUUAGUAGAAAGCUUUCAUUAGCUCACAGUGCUCUAGGGGCAAGGGGGGCUGGGCAGGGGUGGGUGAGAGCCCCCCCUGCCCGGGGGGGCUGGAUGCAGGGAAGGGAACCCGGCGCCCCUCACCACUGGGGCCCAGCCCUGCCCACAGGUAGGAGCCCCAGUCCAAGAGGCACUGGGAGCAAAAGGGUAUAUUAUGGUAGGCAAUAAGUAUGGAGGAGAUCUAUUUUUUUUAAAAAAGUAUAUAACUAUAGAAUGUCCCCAAUAGUUGCCUGUAAGUACUGCGGGGAAACGCUAAAUAUGAAGGGUCUGGUGAUAAAAUCAUAGAAUCAUAGAAAUAGAAUCGUAGAAUAUCCUGAGUUGGAAGGGACCCUUAAGGAUCAUCAAGUCCAACUCUUGACACCGCACUUAAAAAUAUUGAAAAGUAUUGAAAUGCCUGUUCACUUUUUUUGCACAGAGUUCCCCAUAAAAUCUCAUUGUUCAUGGUGGGAUACCAGGUUUCCUGGCUGGAAUCCAGCAGAAUCCUGGGGCUCCGUAGGAAAGGAGCAAAUGUUUCUGAAUGUCUGGGCUGAAUGCAGAGGACAAUCCCUGGUGUCAGGUUCAAUGCUGCCCCAAAGGAAGGGUUUAUCCCAACUCCUACCCAGCGCAGCUUGUUGGUCUGCUCGUCUUCCCUAUGGAAACAGCAGCUCAGCCACCACAUUACAGUCCGAAUGUCUGGUUUCAGCACUGGUCCAUGCGAAGGAGCAUUACAGACCAGCCCUUUUUUUUUUCUUUCUUUUUUUCUUUUUUUUCUUGUAUUUUUCUUUCUUUUUGGAGUUACGCUGAAUACCGAGCUACGUCAUUGUUCAUAGAGAGCCCUGAAAUCCUUUCUGUUCUAUCUUAGCCCGUCCCUGACAAUCUGAAGCAAUAGAGAACCAAAUGCAGCCUUUGGGCCACAUUCCUCGUCCCUCCUCGAGCCGCAGCCAGGGAUGGCACGGCCAGGGCAUUACUGAGCAGAGCCAAACCCAGCGCACACUGACGGGGCAGGGAGUGUGUGUAUGCAUGUGUGAGAGAGAAAGGUUAAACUGAUGCAUUUCUUGAGAAAGGUGCAAGAAUUUCACCUAAAAAGGGGCACAUCUGCUUUGUUAUUUAUAAUAAAAGCUAAACUCUCUUUUUCUUUUCUUUCCUUCUUUUUCUUUUUUCUUUUUUUUUUUUUUUGAAUAAAAGGACACUGCUAAUAAUUACUAGGGGCCAAUUCUGCCUCCUUCCUCACGCUGAGUAAGUACUACUAAACUCUGAUUUUCUACUUGCAGGGUAAGCAAAAGUGGCAGAAUUGAUCCCUUUGCGAUUAAGAAUCUAGUUUUUAAUAUGUUUUCUUUUUUUUAAUUGGUAGCGGUUUUUUAUAUUUCACUUAAUUUUUUUCCCCCAUUCCGUUCCAUUGUGUCCUUAUUUAUGUAAUAUACUUUAAUCUUAAAAGAUGGCAUGAAUUCUUAUGCCUUUCCUUUAUUAUUAUUGUUAUUAUUUUUAAAAAGAGAUUUAUUUCUAGUGUGAUUUAACUGUCUACCUUCUAAAACGAGAGAACGUUUUCUUGUAUUUUUACAUUGUCAGAUUCUAUAGUUUCAUAGAUAAUUUAACCAAAUCGCUCAAUGUAUUAUCUAUAUCUAUCCGGUGGGUAUAAAAGUUCUAUUUUAAAUUGUGUAAAUACUUCAGAACUGGCUUCUUUUUCCAGACUCCCCUGCUGUGGAGUUACUUGUUUACAUCACAAAGACUGUAGAAUCUCUACGCUCAUGUACUGUAAAUAGUGAAGUGAUCUGCCUAUAAAUAAACAAUAACAUAUAUACUAUAAACUGGGAGAAAAAAAAAAAAAAAAAAAAAAAAGAGUAACAAGUCUGUGCUGCUGGUGCUUUGGAUACCGGUGCAAAGCCGCUCUGGAGGAGGCGUUUUGCACUGCACAAUGCGCUUGUGGCCGGCUGGCAGCGGGAUGUCAAGGUGCAGCGCAGCGCACAGUGCACUGGCCACAGGGCCACGGUCCCUGCGUGAGCGUUCUGCUAAGGCUGGGCCAGUGCCGGGACAGAUGAAAAGCCGAGGAGCUGAUGGAAAGCUGUGGCUGGGUGGCCGGGUUUGGGCUGGAGGAGGCUGGGUAUGGCUGAGGAGGGGGCACAGGAAGGACCCACUCAUGGUCAGCGCUUGUCCUGACCCCAGCGCUCCCAGGGACCAAGGGCUGGUGCUGUUUGUUCUGUAGUAUCUUGCAAGCAGACCUAAGGGUUGUGGGGAGCUGCUCGUGAAUACAUAGCUAAAUCCACGACGCAGCUCUGUUAGACCAACAAUUAGUUUCAUCCAUUUGAAAAAAAGAUACCAAAAGCCACAAUACCAGGGCAGUUCAUCAUUUGGGCAUAACUUUCUGAUAAAACAACAACUUUUCACAAGCCUGGGCGCUGCUCUGGUUGUAGAUUGCAUGCCUGCUCACCCUGGAUAAACAGAAGCGGCCUUAUCUCCUGGACCAGGCUCAGCAUGCUUUACAGUAGGAGAAAAGAAGUCAAGAGCUGGCUUUUGGGUGUAGGGACAACUGCUGCUGCUGCCCUUGGCUGGCCAGCAGUGUGGGCAACAAGGGUAGCGUGGCCAUGCCCCCAGCCGCAGGCAGAGCUGGGCUGGGUGAGAUGACGGCUGCCCUUUGGUCCAAGAGGGAGCAUCUUCAGCAUCUUCUAAAUGCCUGACCUUCAACAGCAUCCCCCUCACAGGGGUCUGUUGGCUCCGUGCCAGCACCUGGAGGAUACCCAUGUGAUGGAGCAAAUGUGUGGUUUGAAGCUGGCUGGUCUCAGAAGUGCCAAGGGCAAGGGACACGAGAACACAGGGACUGGGCGCCAGGUGCUCACACCCGAAGUGGAGGAGUGCAGGGAUUGCCGUUAGUGGGAAAGCAGCAGCUCAGUGAGAAGAGCAGAGAGCAGCCCCUUCAGCCACCCAGGAUGAAGGUGGGGAGGGAACAAACAUCGCUGGAGGCUUCACAGUGCUGCCACGCUGCUGGGUAAGCAGGGCAGCUCCAUUGUGCUGCCCGGUGCCAGCAGCCUCUGCCUCAGGUCAAGCUGUGCAAGCACAACUGCCCCCUGGUCUCAAAGCACUGGGCCUGGGGUGCUGGGAAGCACCACCGCUGCUGCCUGGGAUUCAUUUCACUGUCUGACCAGCUGUCCUGGGCUGCCCUUUUAGUUUCAGCAUCUAUCCGUGCCUCGGGCAGCAGCAUCUGGUGCCUAACGUGCCCUGGGCUCUGCGGGGCUGGCUGUGCCAGGAUGGGGCUGUCCCAGCUGCAGAGCCCAGUGCGGGGCUGCCACCAGCUCAGAGCUUCCCUGCUCUCCAGUGUCAGCACUAGCACCGCCCAAGGUCCUGGGCAGGAGCUCUGGAAGCUUCAUGUAAUGUAAUGUGCACUUGCUCACUCCCAGCAUUUCUCCAUCCCAGCUCGCUGGCCAGGUCUGGCAGGUGCCUUUGCAGGGAGGAGUGGGGAAAGGUUUGGUGUCUGCCUCCUGCCAGCUCAGGGACGUCUCCCCACUCGCCCAGCGGUACCGACCUCUCUGCCUGCAGCAGCUGCCUGGCUCGCUUGCAGGCACUUCCUCCCAGCUUGCUGUUGCUCUCCCUGCCCAGCUUUGCUCUCUCCACACAGCUCCUGCUUUCUGUGCUCACUGCACAUCUUUAGGAGCUGGUGCAGAGCUUACUCUAGAUGCUGCCAGUUUGGGGUUCUACAAUCUCUGUUCCCUCUUUCUCUUCUCGUCAGUCCUUGGCUGGAUACAUUUUAUUUUUCCAUACAUGGUCGGUACCUCCAAGUACCUCUUCAGACUCAGACUUGGAUCCCUUGUGUCUCUCAGCAGCCUCCAGCAGGUAAGACAUCAUUCCCCAACAGAUCCCCCUCCUCAACUCCCCACCCCGCUGCCAAGACAGAGUGAGGGUGCCUUGCUCCCUUCAUCUGCAGGCUCUGGCUGCCUGCGUUGCACAAGGGGCUGCACUUGGCAUGGGCUGAGCAGCCCUUGGUGAGCUUUGUAGCAGGAGCAGACCUGCCCCAGGCAAGCCACAAUGGCUGUGCAGCGGCUGCAGUGGGUGAGGUGCAGGUGGAACUCUCCUGCAGACCUUCUGGGGCUCUCUGCAUGUCUGAGCAUCUCUGCUUCCCUUUCAGUUUGGCAGCCACAAGGACCCCAUGUGCACUGAGCACUGAAGAAAUUGCAGCUGGGCAGAGAGCUCAGACAUGCAGGAAGCUGCCCUUCGUUGGGCACCAGCCUGCAAGGCAGAGGGGAGAGACCUCCCCACCACCAACACCUAAAGGAUUCUGUGAUCUUAUGAUCCUAUGAUUUUAGAGGGAAAUUGUGGCACUGUGGCAGGACCUGAUCCUGCCAAAAAGGGAGUAUACAAUGCUCCAGGCUCUCAGUAGUACCCUGAAGCACUGAGGAUUCGCUGCCCAUGCAGAGCCUGCUGGAGAAGGGCACAGAGAGGGAUUAGGUUUACCUGCAGCUUGGCACACUCCUUAUCUGCUCAUGUUGGUUUUCUAUCAGAAGGAGUCUUCACGUCAGUGGGUUUGCAAGAUAUCAGCAUCUGCCUGGAGAGAGGCAGGGAAAGGAUUUAGCUCACUACUGCUAAAUGGAAAAACUCUAGGGUUAAAGCCCUUUUGUCAUCAGCACCAUCUCCAUUCAUCACUGCGAGGCAUUUGUUUCAGGUCCAGGCAGUAACUCAGCUGUCCAAAGAGAACAGCAAACUCGUGUGGUCCCCAUGUGCUGGGGGCUCUCCAUGGGAUGCUAUGGCAGUGGAGGAAGGGACGUGGCUCAGGAAGCAUCCUCAGUCCUUUACACUCAUGUCUGGGAAACACAAGUCCAGUUUUCUUCUGCUGGGUUUCUGCAAUCAGUCAAAUCCAACCAUCUCUGAAUUUUUAUUUCAAAAUUAUGUGGAAAAAUGAACCCAGCUGGCAACUAAGCUAUUGCUCUCUUGUGAUGUUAGCUGUACCCUGAGUUUAGCCCUCCCUCCAGGAAGAAGGAAGACACGGAAGCUGCCUCUUGUCACAGUUAGGCAGAGCCGGUCACCUCGCUGCACACUGUGAGCUGGUACAAACCCAGGGACACAGCCUUGAGAAAAUGAGGGACUUUGUGAAGAGCUGCUGGGUUGCAGUGUUUCAAGCUGGAACAUUAAAAAUCUAACCUGGGAAAUUAACAUCAGGCCUUCCCCUGUCAGCAGCAAACUCCCCACAAAGGUGUGGGCUGCAGGUGCAGGAGGAGGCUUCCUACAAUAUGGUGGGAUAAGGCAUUGCGGCACCAAAGCACCCUGUACAAAAGCAUUUCUCCCGCAGCCAGCCUGGCUCAGGUUUCCACACAUGGCUGAUCUGGGAGACAGACAAGAAGCAAGGGCCUGGACUGUCAUUGCCAUGGCCAAGGGGAACAGAGUCCAAAGGGAAGAACUAAAAAGCCUGUUUUGCUGAGGGAGCACACCAUUAUGCCAUGCAGGCUGUCUGCAAAUGGCUCAGGAGAUAGCAGCAGAUUAUUUACAGUGGUCAUUACCUGCAGCUUCCAGCACCUUCUGGCUUUCGUCUUCAAUGAAAGGAUUAAUAACUUUAAUUAAUCAAGGGUAAAGAAACAAGACUUCUGGCCAAUUCGACUGAAGGCAGCAUGCCCAGCAGCGUGCACAGCAGCCGUGGGGAGCCCCAGCUUGUCUCAGCCUGCAGGGUGCAGUGAGAAACCCACAGCAGCCACAAAACACCCACGGGCUCCUGCAGGGAGCAAACCCUAAUGUAGCCCUCUUGGGCUCCACACAGAGAAGUACCAGGUCUUUUGGUUCAAGAUGCAUGCAGCAAUGUGGCAGUCAGCUGGUGCCAUAGGUACAAAGGGCAGCAUUUGCAAAUGCAAGUUCUGCCACACUGGAGGUGAGGAAAGGCAACAGAAGGCAGUAGUUUUCUGCAUUCAGGGGGAAGUGGACAGCAAGGCCAGGUGAGCACUGAAUGCAGUGUUUGUCAUGUCUGACACAGCUGGGGAAAAGCGAUCAGCAGUACUGCAGGGUGAAACCACAGACCCCAUGGAGGAGAGAAAAAUAAUAGUAAAGGACACACGAUGCUUGGCAAUAAGAAGAAACAGAACAGAAAAUCUCUGAAGCAUUAGGUGGGCCAAGGCCAUAAGAAAGCAUUAGGGAGCAGGCAAUGGGCAGCAAGCUAAUAAGGAACUUGCCCUCUGUGGUUUGGAUUGUGCCCCUCCCCAGCAGGUGCAGCGACAGAUAGGACCAAGAAGUGAAUAUCAUCAGGAAGAGGUUUAUAAGAUAAAUUCUUGAAAAAUAACUAAAAUAACUUUCUCCUCAGGGCAUUUAAUCAAGCACAAAAACAUUGCCUGGGCACUGGCUCAGAAGUCUUGGUUAGAGCAAUACAUCUUUCACAAGACCUCGGGAAUCCAGGAGCAGCCAAGAGCAGCCCACUACCACCAGCCUUUGCAGACACCUCGGACACAAAGGGCUCUGCCAGAAGGGUCUCACAGGGACAGCUUUUGCUAGGACGCUGUUACUGACAGUAGGACAGUAACUGACAGUAGUAGUCAAAGCUUCUCAGAAGACAGGAAGAGGAAAGCCUUGAACUUUUCAGCCCAGCUUAUGAGCUACAUGGAGAAACAGUACUAGGGAAAGAGGAAGGCAAAACGUGUGACAGAAUGGACAUUUCUGCAGAAAGACAGCACUCGUGGAGAGGAAGAGAAGCAUAAAGUGCAAUGUGAAGAGAUGGGAGAAAAUUCAGGCCACCAAAACGAGAAGGUCAUGUGUGAGUUCUGCCUUGAGAAGCCCCUGCCAAUGGUGCAGAGCCACCUGAGCUGAGAGACGUCCCUGUGCCAAGCCCACCUGGACAAGCACAGCACAAAGGCUUCCCUGAAAGACCACAUCCUGGUGGAGCCCUGUGAUGUUGAUGUUUGUGCAGAGAGGAGAUGCCCCCAGCAUGGUAAGCUGCUGGAGUGCUACCAUGUGACAGACUCAGUCUGCAUUUGCGUACUGUGCUGUGUCACCAGCUCCCACCAGAUACACAAGAUCAUCAGUGUGGAAGAGGCUUUUGGCCAAGUGCAGGUAAGAGGCUACCAGGACAGCUGCUUGGAGAUGGGGUUUUAAAACUGUGUUGUCUGUGGCAUGGAGAGAUGCCUGCAGCACAGGGAUGAAACCUCCUCAGCUUCAGGUGUGCAGGCUCAGGUUGGGGUGAAGCCCCCUUCUUGGGAUAUCUGGCUUUUAGCCCCAGGUCUGGUUUUGCCUCAGACUGACUCUGGGCUUGCCUCUUGGGAUGUACAACAAGUGGAUAUAAACCCUUUCUUCCCAUCCUGAGGAGCCAGACUGGUGGAAAUGAGUGCUUGUGGCUUUGCUUUUAGUUCUUGUUUCAUUUUCAAACAGGAAAAUCAUCCUGCAUUGCAUUUGUGCAACAGAAAUUAAUGGUGGAGUAACAGAAAGGAAUUGGCCACCAAUAAAAGUAGCUUUCUGUGUGUCUCUCGCACAUGAGCAGUUUUUGUUUUGAAAAUAUCUUUCCCGCACUCAGAAUCAUGUUUUUUCUUCAGGGACAAAAUCUUCCAGUAAAAGCUUUCUGCAUUGGUUUGUGUUGAGAGUAUGCAGUGAACAAACUUUCAACAGGUUUAGCUUAACCCAUUUCCACAAAAUUGCUGGUCUGGUGCAUGUGUGUCUGUCCUGUCCAUCUGGUUAUUUUCACAGAAUGAUUUUCCUAAAAUUCUGCAAUCAGUGAAAAAAUAUGAAGCUGCAGUGAAUAGAAGCUUAGAAAACCUGCUGAAAUAAAAGAAGGAAGUAAAGGUUUGUUCCCUGAUUCCAUAUUACUUAGGGGAUGGUUUAUGCUUGUAGCUGAUUCGAUAAGGUUUUCUUUCUGUCUUCCCCUGAUCAUGGAUCCCAAUGUUUCUUAGUUCCUGGGUAGUUUCUCAGGUAUUUUCAAGGUUUCUUCCUUGUGGGGGUCUGGAGAACAAAUUUCUUAUCAGACUGAGAAAUACAUUUUCAGUUUACAAAGGAUCUUUAAGCGUGAAAGCUGUUGUUGAGUCCAUGCCUCCUGUUUGGUGGUGGUAGUUUUUUUUGUUUUUUUUUUUUGUUUUUGUUUUUGUUUUUUUUUUUUUCCCAGCCUUCUUCCAAUUGCAGACCCUAAAAUAUUUAGGGGAAAGACGGAGACAACUUUAUAGUGAUUUAAAUCCUCUUUAGAGGAAUCCUAUUAGGUCAGCCUGUGAAUCUAAAAACUCUGAAGGAACAGGAAGUUUAAUACAGGUCUCCAAAUUCUACUUCAUUCUGCUUAGGCAGAAUUGGUAUUUGACUUCUUCCAACAGUGGAAAUGAUGGGAUUGGAAGUUCUGGCCUCAGGCAAGGCAAAUGUUCCUUUCUAGUCUGAAGGCAGAACUGUACCCAUUGGCAGUGUCCUGUUUGUGGCAGUGUAGCUAUUUGCCAACACUGAAGGCAGCUUGGUGGAGGCAGUAAGCAGAUAAAAUGUUUUUCCUCACCCUUCCUUAAAAGGACAAAAGACAAUGGAUCCAUAGAAAAAUACCAGUGCAGAAAAAGGAAAGAUAUGUAUAGGGGAAAGCUUUGAGCAAGCUUCCUGCAAGAACUGCUGCUUUUUCAUCUGCAAUACAAUUCUGGUCCUGCUGAGAGCAGUGAACUUCCCAGCACUGGAAAUCCAAGUAGAGAGGAGCUGGGGCUGGUAUGUUGCCAUGUGGAAAAAGUAGGAAUACUUCCUUAAGCACAGAAAUGAGCAGGCUCAUUUCUGUGUCAGAGUUCUCAAGGAAAAUGUAAGAUUCUGUCCCUAACAGCUUUGAAAAUGUUUUCUUAAAAGGCUGCAGGGAGUUUGCGAAGGAAUUGGCUGGAGAAUCUCUUUGAUGAGAUGUAUAAGCAGCUGGGUAGCAGAAAAGGAGAGCUCCUCGAAACCCUCAGUCAUGGUGAGGAGCAACAGCUUUCUCAAAUUCAGGCACACAUACAAACAUACAAAGAGAGGAAGGAUGUGACCAGCCAUGAUAUACAGGGGAUGGAGGCUCUGAGAGAUCAGAAAGACCCACUACUUUUCACUGAGGUACCUAACAGCCGCUCCCUUCCCAGUGAUACUGCAGCUCUUGAGUUGGCCUUUGCUUGCACUAUACUAAUUCUGCUUUCAAAAUAUCUUCUGCAGGGUUUGACAGAGAUACAAACCAGGUAAGCUCCUCACUGGAUGGUCUAUUAUUGCAUUUCACUCUGCUGCUGAUGGCUGAUCCUCUGUCAGUCCUGGGCUGCUGGCAUAUUUUGCACACACAGCAGGCCCUGGGCUUGUACUGGUCACCUCUUCAGCACGCUGACUGCACACACAAUAUGCCUGACUUCAUCAGAGAUAGCCCCAGAAUUUUAAUUGAGGUAAUGUGUGAACCUCCACCUAUCAGCACCUGUUCUUGAGACCAACUCUGAGGGCAAUUCUUGAAUAUUUAGGUCCUUGCAUGGUCACGCAAAGGACAGAUGAACUUCUAUUCUGAGUCAUUCUCCACAUUGCAUUGCCCUCUGCUUGCCUGAGUUGUUGGCUCAGGGAUGGGAUUGUGAAUGGUCUUCCCAUGACUUGCUGCUCUUCUGAUGUUUUACUGCAUAUUUUAGGAUAAGGAGGCCAGUUCCUGAAGAAGCUGCUGUAAAACUGCCAAAGCCACUUAUUGUUUUAGAUGAAUCAACAAAAGAGGCUAUUCUAACACUUUUCCAGCAAUUCGUCUUGGUCAUGAAGCUCUCACUGGAAGCAUCACCUGUUCAUAAACAUCUGACUUUUGCACCAUCUUGCAUGGGUAUAUUCUACAUAAGUGAAUAUGAACUCACUGCAAACCUCUAGAUGCAGCAACAAAUAUCAAUGUACAGAGUGAGGAGUCUCCUGCCUGUGCACAGCACCCAGAGCUUCUCGGAGGGCUGGCACUUCUGGGAGGCUGACAUCAGCUGUGCAAGGCACUGGAAGCUGGGGGUCACUCAUCAAUGUUUUCAUUGCUACCUGCAAAUGUAUGGCAAUAAUCUCAGUGUGUUCCUAGAUAAUACGAAGAUCACAGAAAAGGCUACUACUACAGCUAUCAGCACAGUCAGGGUAGAGCUGGACUGCAGAAGAAAUGCAGUGUCAUUUUAUAACAUCAAGACUAGAGUCCUUGCUAACAGACAUCAGCUCAUACAGACAGUAAACAUCCCUGCGAACUAUCCUGUCCAUGCUGGCUUCAGCAUCUCUAGCGGCUCCCUGAGACUCCAGUAGAGAUGUGGGAGCAGGUCUGUCUUACCUUUUAAGCUUUGUUUCUCUAUGUAUCAGGGCUGCUGCUGUAUGGGCUCUCCUACCUUGGCACAACAGAAACUGGGCUUUGGGCUGGGCCUGUGAGUGGCCAGCCUGUCCCCAAGUUAUAAUCAGGUUCUAGUCUUCAGCAGCAAUGGUCUGAAUCGAGAGAGAGAAUGAGAAAAUGAAACCCUACCAUGUUUCUCCUCAGAUUUUCAGCAUGCUGUGGCUUGCUGCAGGAACUCCUAUCUUACUUCUUACUUUUGAUAAUCAUGAUGAAAAUAUUGUGAAGUUGUACUUUAGUUCAGCUGUAUAGAUUGCUGUGGUGGAUGGAUGUUAUUAAAGUAACAUAGUUUGCAAAACUCAA